CCGAGCUUCGCCGCAACAGCAACACGACGUCACUGCGUUUGAUAUUUUAUAUUUCUGUUACAUUCCAGCUAUUGGUAGUAACGAAAGAUCACGAUGAUGUCCACGGCGAACGAUGAGGAUCCGUUCCUCCAGGUGCAGGCCGACGUCCUCUCAGCACUCAACACAUCGCGCCCGCUUUUCAAGUCGUACCUUCGCAUACGCUCCUCGGCAUCAUCAGCGAAUAGCCCAGAGCUUCGGGAAGCGCGCCAGGAGCUCGAACAGACCCUCCAAGACCUCAGCCAAGACCUCGAAGACCUCGUCGAAAGCGUCAGAGCCGUCGAACAUGAUCCCUACAAGUAUGGGCUCGACAUCGAUGAGGUGGCGCGCCGUAGGAAACUGGUGAAAGAUGUGGGCGACGAGGUCGAGAACAUGCACCAGGCGCUUCAGCAGACGGUGCAGGAUGCGCAUAAGAAGGGCGGCGCUCUCCCCGACCCGGACUCGUUCGAGGAGGACGAGGACAACUACACCCAGUUCGAGCAAGAGCAGCAGAUGCAGAUUAUGCACGAUCAGGACGAGGCUCUUGACGGCGUCUUCCGCACGGUUGGCAACUUGCGCAUGCAAGCUGACGACAUGGGCCGCGAGUUGGAAGAGCAGGGCGAGAUGCUGAAGGACGUCGACACAGUCGCCGACCGAGUUGGUGGUAAGCUGCAGACGGGUAUGAAGCAGGUUGGCCAUAUCAUCAGAAAGAACGAGGGUGAGUCGUACCUGCACUGAUGCAAGAUUGACUGCUGACAUCAUUGAAGACAAAUGGUCGAGCUGCUGCAUUGCGGUUCUGAUAUUUGUUUUGAUCCUGCUCCUGGUGUUGCUCCUUGUGCUAUGAGACGGUGGACUACGCCUGAUCAGACAUCCCCCAGCAAC